AUGCGAUCUCUUCUCUUUUUCGCUCUUUUGGUCGGCUCCGCAUUCGGUCUGGAUCUCAUCGGAAGAACUCAAUGGGCGGCGGUAAAGAGAGAAUGAAAAGUGUCGAAAAAGGCACGUUUCAGGUGAAAGGAAAGUUGAAUUGCGAAGGGAAGCCAGCUUCGGGGGUCAAGGUCAAACUGAUGGAAUCGGACAGUGAGAUGGGCGGUCGAUGAUCUUUCGACCAUCCAUUUUUCAGACAGCUUCCUGCCCGGAUUUCUGGACAAAGAUGACAAGAUGGCGUCGUCGAAGGCUGACUCGAACGGCGAGUUCAACUUGAGCGGAUCCACGAAGGAAAUCACGACGAUUGAACCGUACUUGGCAGUGUUCCACGAUUGCAAAGAUGGCAUUACGGUAAGAAAGCUCUGAAGGCGUCGAGAGUCGAGCGCAUUCCAAUUUCAGCCUUGCCAAAGAGUUCUUCGCAUUGACAUUCCGAAAUCCUACGCAAACUGGGGAAGUUCUGCGAAGAAGACGUUCGAUGCCGGAACUCUGGAACUCGCUGGAAAGUUCCCCGGAGAGACAAGAAGCUGUUUUAACCGAUAG